AGCUGUAUAUGCUCAGCGUGUUGCAAAUCGCGUGCCACUUUUGAAGAUUUCAUAAGGCGAUCCAAAGUCUGUAGCUUUAGAUACAGUGUCUUCCCGAUUUUUGAGUCAUUUUGUCGACAGCACUCGAAGGCAGCAGUUGGAUGCAGGAUGAUUCGAUUGAUAGCUUCAGUUUUACGCAGAACGAUACCAUCGAAAAGCGAACCCGCACUUUUAGUGAUUUCCUACGAUGCCUUUCACCCGGAAUAUUUAAAUCGUGGAGUUACACCACAUCUAAAUAGAUUUCGGAAAGAGGGCACUUCGGCACAAUUCAUGUUUAACGUUUUUCCCACGAAGACAUUUGUCAAUCAUUUUACCAUCGCAACGGGCCUGUAUGCAGAGACGCACGGUGUGUUAGCAAACGAAGUAUAUGAUUCAGAGCAAGGAAAAUUGUUCUACGGCUAUGAUUUAUUUCAUUAUAGCAAUAAAACGAUUCCACUUUGGACGGCAAAUGAAAAAGCUGGCAAACAUUCCGGCUGCAUGAUGUGGACUGGUAGUAACUUCGAAUACGAUGGUAUAAAUUGUACGUUCACUGUGGGAUUCAAUGAAGAAAUGAAGUGGGAGGAUAGAGUUGACAUCGCCUUGUCAUGGUUUAACGACAAGAAAACACCAGCGAAUCUCGUUAUGUUGUACAUUGAAGAGCCUGACUCGCAUGGGCACAUUUACGGGCCCGACUCACCUGAGAUAACGAAUAUGGUGGCGAGACUAGAUAACCUCACGCAAUAUAUUCAAGACAAGUUGACUGCAACGGGCUUGGACAAACGUGUCAACGUAGUUUACGUGUCUGAUCACGGAAUGAUUGGCGUAGCUCCACCGAAUUUCAUUUAUUUGAAUGAGACUUUAGCUAAUGACAAUUGUGAAAUAUUCGGAACAUCGCCAGUGCUACAAAUUGUACCAAAGGAUAAAACCAAAGAGGAUGAUAUUUUUGCCAAGUUAACCAAGGCUGCCGAGCAGAACGGCCACUUUAAAGUCUUCAAUCAGAAGAAUAUUCCAGUGCGAUGGCAUGUAAAUAAUACUCGACGCAUGGGACCGAUACUUGCUGUAGCCAACAGUGGAUACGGGUUCCAGGAUUUAUGGGGAAAUGCGCUAAUUUAUGAAAGAAAAUACAAUAUUUCGAUAACCAACAAGACCAAAUACGGUGUUCAUGGGUAUGACAAUCAAGAUCCAAAUAUGCAUGCAAUUUUUAUGGCCAAAGGACCACUAUUUGCCAAAGGCAAAAUACUCAAAUCUGUCAAUAUGAUUGAUUUGUACAACUUAUUCUGUUACAUUCUAAAUAUUCAAUGUCACCAAACGGAUGGAGCGUAAAAACUAGAUAUGUACGACGAUCUGUUUGCCUGUAAACCCGUUAGAGCCACAAAGAAAGGUAAGCGCCGUCAUUCGUGAUCAUAUGUAUUAAAUAAAAGCGCAUUACUGUAAUGACCUUCUGCAUGUGUUUCAAUCAUAUUGCUUCAAAUGACUAACACUACCGUUUAUUUACUCAAAAUUGCAUGAAUAAUAAAGAUGAGAUUCUUAUUGUCGUUUUAACUUGCUCGCUUUUUAUGUGUUUUCGCAUUUCAAUGCUUUUUAAGUACAAAGAUAUUUCAAUGAAACUGCAUGCUUUUUUAGAUCAUAAGAUAAACAAAAACUCUCACAAUAAACCGUUCACCAUUGUUUUGAUGCGAUUUAAUUAACAGUAUAAAAAAAACAAAUUGUUGAUUCAUUCUCCUUUCGUUAGUUUAAGUUUAAUUUUUAGCCGAUAGAAACGAGUUUGAGCGAAAACAUGAAGCAUUAUGACUUUUGAACCACUUGGUUUCGUAUCACAGCUGUUAUUGGCCGCUUAUUUAUUUAUUAUCCGUUUCAAAACAGUAAUUGUUCACGUGAUAGCAUGAUAGCAUAUGCAUAGAACAUCGAAGAGAUCAAUAACAUCGAGUCUUUUUUAUAUUUCAAUGAUGCAUUUGCCACUUUCGUAGCGGCAAAAACUCUGCCAAAUCCGAAGAAAUCAAGUUUUUUUUCUAUGUAUCGACGAGUAAGGAAACAAGAACGUACAUGUUUUGGCAACGUGGCUUCACUAGUGAUUAUGAAUGAACGUAAUUUCUCGCUACAUUUCUCAUUACGUUCAUUCAUAAUCGCUAUAAUGUAACGUUGCCGAAACCUGAACGUUCUUGUUCGUUACUGCGCACUUCUUUUCUACGGUGAAGCAGACUGCUUUGUUGAUGUUUAUAACAAUACGGGUAAAACACCGGCGCUCCGAGGUUUUCAUACAAACUUCCCAUGUAGACGAUCGGAAACAGACAAAAAUCGAAAGAAAAAAGUUAAAAAAAAAUUUUCGAUUCUCAUACAGUAUUCCAUGUGCCCAAUCCAAUGGUAUUAUCGGCACAUCGAAAUUCGCGCUCCUUUUCACUUAAUUUUCACUCCGAAGCCAAAUCACAACCAAAACCACCAUUACAAUGAAUCAUCAUUCCAAUGGACUUGAAAGUGUAUCGAACAUUUUUGCUUCAACGAAGCAGUGAUAACGAACGCAGUGAUAACAGGCUAUUUUUUGUUCAUUUAGUGCUCUCUGUAAAAUAUAUCGUAAGUGGAUGUUGCUCUCGACUAUGAAGCGGAACUGAAUUCAGGAUAAAUUUCUUAUUUCCAAGAAAUUGUUUGAUCUCUCUGUAUACAAUAUUCAAAUAAAGUAUCCGAAGCGCAUUUUCAUUUCUUUGUUUCUUUAUUCAUUUAAUCUAAAGCAAAUAUAUUCAUUUUUUGAAAUUUAAAACAAAUGGCAAUUAAACUGAAUUUCAUUUUUUGUUGCUGAGAAAAACGUAAUCGAUCACCGUUCAUACACGUCAAUUCAUACAUGUGAUGAUAAAGUGGCUAUUGUUCAAUAAAGUUUGAGUCACAAGAAUUCCAAUCAUAUCACAUGAUUGAAGUGUAAAAAAGCUGCUUUAGAUAAUGAAAGUGUAGCAUGUAAGUGAUUGCCCAGUUGCGCAGUCAUUUGAUUCAGUUAUUGUGUGCGUUAAACACUUGUUUGUGAUGUUGACGGUGUCAUGCGUAGUUUUAUUAUUAUGUUUAAAUAUUUUGCGUGGAUCAUGUGAAGCUGCAUCAUUUGAAUCUGAAUCCGAAUCAGGACCAGCAUUGCUGAUCGUUUCCUAUGAUGGUUUUCGACCGGAUUACUUGUAUCGAAAUGUUACACCAACUCUAAAGAAAUUACGAUCGGAAGGAACGUCAGCGCGAUAUAUGUACCCAGUUUUUCC